CAGACAAAAACCCAUAUCCAGAUACAUACAUACAGACAGACAGACAACAAUGAAGUUGGUUAGAUUCCUUAUGAACAUUCCCAAUUCAACAAACCAACCGUUAACAGUUGAACUCAAGAAUGGAACCACAAUAAACGGUACCCUCAUGUCAUGCUCACCCCUGAUGAACCUCUCACUUAAAAAUGUCAAAUUACAACAACCAUUACAAGAUGCCACAUUGUUGCAAUUCAUAAAUAUCAGAGGCAAUCAAAUAAGACAGAUCUUACUCCCGGAUGAAUUAAACAUUGAUUCGAUAUUGGCUAAAUCAGUCACGAAAAUAAAGAAACAAGGCGCUGGUCCAAGUGCCAAGCCAGCCACCACUAACAAACGAGCCGGUGGGCCCAUGAGAGGAGGCAAGACAAGACGUCCCAGAGCAUUUUAAAGGUUGCGUCGUACCUAUUUCAUUUCUAAAGGUGUAUAAUUAAUUAACUAUGUAUGUGUUACUAUGUACAGAAUAAAAGUGGUUUAAAACCAAGUCUUUUUC